CUAAAUCUUGUCUCGGUCUCUCACUCUGCCUUAUGCCCCUCAGUUGAAUUCUUUCUUCUGAGGGGGCAAGAAUUGAGGCUGCUGCAGACUGAUACGGAUUCGCCACUGCUAACACCUCCUAGUUGGGACUACAGGAAUAGAACUAGAAAUGGAAAAAAGAUAGCAUUCACCACAUCUCAAUCCUGAAUCCAAGAGUCUAAGAUAGUUCCCCACUCCUAUCCCAGGCUUAGAGGAUUAGAUGAAUCUCCUGGAAGGAAGACUCUUCCUUGAAACAUUUCUUUCUAUCUGCCUGUAGCUAUUGGGAUAGUUCGGGAAAUCCACAGGGACAGUGGAUUUUUUUUUUGUCCUCUACUUUCUGUUGCAUUCUCAGCCUUGUUCUCUUUUUAGAAACUGCUUGGUAACUAUUAUAUAGCUAAAGAAGAGCAUUCUGACCUCUGCCCUGGGACUUCCUGGAUCCUCCCCUUCUUGUAAAUACAAGGGCAGAGCUGGCAUCCCGGGGAGCCAGGAAGCAGUGAGCCCAGGAGUCCUCGGCCAGCCCUGCCUGCCCUCCAGGAGGAUGAAGGUCUCCGUGGCUGUCCUCUCCUGCCUCAUGCUUGUUGCUGCCCUUGGAUCCCAGGCCCAGGUCACAAACGAUGCAGAGACAGAGUUCAUGUCAAAGCUUUCACUGAAAUAUCCAGUAGUUCUGAGUGGCUUUCACCUUGCUACUGACUGCUGCAUCUCCUACAUCUCACAAAGCAUCCCGUGUUCGCUCAUGGAAAGUUAUUUUGAAACGAGCAGUGAGUGCUCCAAGCCGGGUGUCAUCUUCCUCACCAAGAAGGGGCGACAAGUCUGUGCCAAACCCAGUGGUCCGGGAGUUCAGAAUUGCAUGAAAAAGCUGAAGCCCUAACCAAUAUAAUGAUAAAGAGACAAAAGAGGCCAGCCACUCACCUCCAACACCUCCUGUGAGUUUCUUGGCCUGAAUUACUUUAAAAAUAUAUAUAUUGUUGUGUCUGCUAAUGAAAGUCAUGCAUCUAAUAAAGAGUAUUCAAUUUUUAACUUUG